AGUACCAGUCGAUCUGGUCAUCCAGAGUUGGGCCUUUUCCCCCUGGGCUUUGUUUUGAUUAAAAAUUUCGCAAAAAAACAAUCCGGAAUUGGGUUAACGGCCUGAUUUCGUUUCUAUGGAGUCUGCUCCCGACUGGCCCGGGUCACCUCCCCAGAUGACGCUGACCCAUUUCGAGAAUCGGGAACGGGAUCGGUAACAAGUCGGCCAUCUAAUCUGAAAUUCCCCGGAGCCCAACAGAUCCAUCAAGUGCUCCAAUUAAAAUCCGAAAAUCGUAAAAUAUAUUUCUCUGUGUAGUGUUUUUUUUUUCGGACUUGACAUUCAUUGUUGACUCUCGAGACCCGUAUCGCUGAAAGUUCGUGGAAUUCGUUCGUUCCAGUGGCAGCAUCGCAUCGGUGUCUACAGCGGUUGAUUCCACAAUUAUCAUUGGGCCAACAGUGGGUGUUGCCCCCCACAUCUGGGAGUCACGUAGCACGUAGCCUGCACCUGAACCUGACCUGACCCUCGCCCUCGGCUAGAAAGUCUCUCGAAUCCCUCGAAGAGUCUCAAGAGCAGAGGUUUCUUUUAAGACGAAAUCGAAAACUGGCGAAAAUCGAGAGCAUGGGGCUGCUGUACACCUAAUGCACCACGAUCUGGGAGCAAUAGAGCUUUCGUCUCAAUGCUGGGGCUCCGAUAUAUAUAAGAAGCAGAUGAGGGCUUCCAUUGUCAGUCCAAGAAUUAAACGAGCCACGAGCACAGCACGCGACCGAUAAAAGUAAUAAUAAAUACAAAGUAUCCAAAGUACCGCAGUGCAAUCCGAGAGAUAAAAAACCCACAAUGAUGCCAACAAGCUGUAAACUCAUUUUUUGCCUGCUUCUGGCCAUGUACAGCAUACAAGUGCUAAUGGCCGCCUGUGUGUGCUCCGAAAAGGGCUCAGACUACUGCCAGGGCUGUCAAGGACCCACCGUGAUCCGGCCGAAGCCGCGCUACUACGAGCCCAGCGAGGUGAACCUCUCCCCCAUCGGCGACAACUGCUGGUGCAGCAAGCAACUGAUCGAGCCGGCACAGCUGCCGAAGACCUGCGGAAAAGUACGUGAGAUCUUCCAGUAUAUGAACGCCUUCAAUAAUUUAUUGGGUCGCCGGUGGCUCGAGAACGCCAUAGAGUUCAAGACCCAGGCGGCCCAGCGUCUGGCGGAGCGAUUGCAGCGUCUGGAGCACAUCGACUGCUACAAGCGUGGGACCACGCCCUGCAAGCCCACCUGCUCCUGCCAGCAGUCGACAGACAGCAGCUAUGCCGGAUCAUCCAGCACCGGUUCCGUCUACGGAAACAUCGCUUAUGCGGCGGAAAAGACCCAGGAUGACAGUCCGGCGGCGGAUCCCAUUAGUGUGAGCCUGGCCGCCCAGGCUGGAAAGGCCAUCAAUGUUCCGGAGGCCAAACUGGCCUAUGGAUUCGCCCAGAAGCCCGUCGAUGGCGAGAAGAAGGUCUACUUCUCGGACGUGCCAGAGGAGAAUCUGUUCAAGCUGAAGAGCGAGGUGAUCACCCUGAAGAAGCGCACCUACGUGGCCAAGCAGGAGGAGGAGGAGUACGCCGAGGAGGAGGAGGAGGAGCAGUCCUCCGGAGACGAGGAGGCUGCCCCCCAACUGACCUACAAGCAACUGGGCUACGCUGCCGAGCAGUUCAAGAAUCCCAAGUUCAAGAAGAUCAGCUCCAGCUCUAGCUCCAGCUCCUACGCCUCCAAGGACUACAAGGACUCUGGUGACAGUUACGGCAAGGUGGCCGGCAAGGUGUCCGUGGACUGCGGCUUCAAGCCCGGCAAGAUCACCUCGUACAGGAACUCGAAACGCCUGGAAACCGAAGGCAGUUACUACUAAACAAUAUUGAUCUCGAUCCUCUUGGGAUGUAAAUAUGUACAUAAGUUAAGGAUCUCUAAGUUAGCUAUAAAAAUAAAUGGUUUUAAAAGCAUUAUAGGGAAGGUCUUGGAAGCAUCAGUAUUAUCAAAAAUGAAGUCUUUAAAUGGCUUCUUAAAAUUGUCUUUAAAGUGGUGUUAACAAUGUUUCUUAUUUAAUACUUACUUUCCCAUCAGACACGUUUCUUUUUUAAUAAAUGCUGACACGUAGAAUUAGA